GUACCAUACACCCUCGGCUGCAGCAAACAAGGUUCAAGGGACUAUUCAACAAUUGUAUAGGGGCAAUAGAUGGCACUCAUGUAGAUGUUGUUGUUCCUACGCACAACGUGGUUCAGUACCUUAAUCGGAAGAGUAGGACAUCACAAAAUGUCAUGGCCGUAUGCGACUUCGACAUGCGAUUCACCUUCGUUCUUGCUGGAUGGCCUGGAUCAGUUCAUGACAUGAGAGUAUUCAAUGAUGCCAUGACAAAGUAUGGUGACAAAUUCCCGCAUCCGCCUCAAGAUAAGUACUAUCUAGUGGACUCGGGCUACCCCAAUCAACUGGGUUAUCUGGCACCAUACAAGGGAACCAAGUACCAUCUACAAGAGUUUCGACUUGGAACAAUGGCAAGAGGUAUGAAAGAGACUUUUAACUAUGCUCAUUCUUCGCUUCGGAAUGUGGUAGAGAGGUCUUUUGGAGUAUUCAAGCAGAAGUGGAGGAUGAUGUAUGGCAUUCCAAGUUUUCCACUUCCAAAGCAAACCAAAAUUAUCGUAGCUUGCAUGGCCCUUCACAAUUUCAUUAGAGAACAUCAUUACGACGAUGAGGACUUCCACCAAGCGGAGCUCGAUGAGUACAUCCAAUAGGGCCUUAUCUCCGACGACUCCAAUUAUUUUACCGAUGGUCAAGAUGACGAGACGCGUAGU